AUGGCCGUCUUGGAUAGUUGCAGAUGGCUGUACCGCGAGCUCGGCUUGCAUUCUCUGUACGAAGCCGGACGGGAUUCCUGGCUGAUCAUCGGCGCGCGAUGCUGCCGGAUGAUUGCCUUUGGCACGGUGGGAUUGAUUCUGGCCUUGUUCUUCUCGGAGCUCGGGUUUUCGGACAGCUACAUCGGGCUCUUUAUGACGCUGACCUUGCUCGGCGAUGUUUUACUCUCGGUGCUCCUCACCGCGGUCGCGGACCGGAUUGGACGGCGGCGGAUCCUGCUCGGUGGCUCGGUCAUGAUGGUUGCGUCUGGGGUGGUCUUCGCUUGCUUCGAGAACUACUGGCUGUUGUUGUUGGCUGCCGUGGUUGGGGUGAUCAGUGUAACCGGUGGUGACUUCGGGCCCUUCCGUGCAAUCGAGGAGUCGAUCCUGUCAACCUUGACAGGGCCCAAGUCCAGGGCCGACGUGUUGAGCUGGUACGUGACCGUGGCGACCUUGGGUCAGUCGGUGGGGACGGAGGCCAGCGGGCGGGUUAUUGACUACCUGCAACACUUGGAUGGAUGGACGCUCUCAGAGGCGUACCAUGCUGUCUUCUGGGUCUACGCGGGAGUGGGGGUGCUGAAUAUGAUUUUCAUGGCGCUGUUGAGCGACAGAUGCGAAGCGCCGCAGAUGGAAGAAGAAGAAAAGGCCACAGAGGAAGCCGAGAUGCUGCUGGAUGACGCAGACGGCAGCAGUCAGGACGAGGAAGAGAGGGACGACGCCGCCCGAACGGAGCAGACAACGGAAAAGAAGGAGCAGCGUCUCUUCGCCCGCAUCUCGCCGGAGACCCGUGGGACGAUGUACAAACUCUGGUUCUUGCUGGCCGCCGACUCUCUGGCCGAUGGGAUGGCGCCCUACACGCUGACAGCCUACUACAUGGAUCAGAAGUUCCACAUGGAGAAGUCGACGCUGGGAGAUAUCACGUCGAUCAGCUACUUCCUCUCCUUCGUCUCGACCAUGUUUGCUUCGCCUCUCUGUCGGCGUCUCGGGCUCGUGAACACAAUGGUGUUCACGCACUUGCCAUCGAGCACCGCUGUCCUCCUCUUUCCGCUUCCCAGAAGCCUCGCGAUGACAGUCAUUCUGCUCUUUAUUCGUACCGGCUUGAAUAACAUGGACCAAGCACCGCGCGCUGCUUUCAUCGCAGCAGUCGUCAAGCCUGAGGAGCGGACCGCUAUCAUGGGCAUCACUAGCAUGAUGCGGACUCUGGCCUCAGCUUCUGGACCUACUGUCACAGGGGUGCUGGCCGGGCAACACAGGUUCUGGAUUGCAAUCGUGGCCGCCGGAGCGUUGCGGAUCGCGUACGAUCUCGGAAUGUUCGCGAUGUUUGUCAACAUGGAGUUGUAUCAGCACGAGCCGAAGGGGGCAGACGAAGCGAGAACUGCUGACGGGAGACGGGGGGGUACCGACGAGGAAGAGUUGAGAGAGCUGCCGAAACCUUGA